AACGCCAACCAGGGGAACCAAGCGGGCUAUCGGGCAUCCAAUUCUAGACCUACGGUCGGCUAUAAAUUCCGCUCUUCCUUUCUUUUUUCUUUCCAUUUACCCUUCCGAAGGCGAAACCUUGGGGCGAAAUACUAGAGGAGGGCGAAAAAACCCUCUGGGCAAAACCCUAGAAAAAUCUCGGAGGAGCUCCUUGGGGGAUAUCCGAGAUGCCUCCGAAGGCUUCCAAAUCGAAGGAAGCUGCCCCCGAGCGGCCUAUUCUGGGUCGGUUCUCGUCCCAUUUGAAGAUUGGAAUCGUAGGGUUACCUAAUGUUGGGAAAUCAACCCUUUUCAACACACUAACAAAGCUUUCAAUCCCAGCAGAGAACUUCCCUUUCUGUACCAUAGAACCAAAUGAGGCACGGAUUAAUAUCCCUGAUGAAAGGUUUGAUUGGCUCUGUCAAUUAUAUAAGCCAAAGAGCGAGGUAGCAGCUUAUUUGGAAAUACAUGACAUUGCUGGACUUGUAAGAGGGGCUCAUGAGGGGCAGGGUCUGGGGAACAACUUCCUAUCGCACAUACGUGCUGUUGAUGGCAUCUUUCAUGUGUUAAGAGCAUUUGAAGAUCCAGAAAUAAUUCAUGUUGAUGACUCUGUGGAUCCUGUUAGAGAUUUGGAGACGAUAAGUGAGGAACUACGACUUAAGGAUAUAGAAUUCGUGGAUAGGAGGUUGGAGGAUCUUGAAAAGAGCAUGAAAAGGAGCAAUGACAAGCAGCUAAAAAUAGAACAUGAAUUAUGUGAGAAGGUUAAAGCAUGGCUAAAGGAUGGGAAAGAUGUUCGUUUAGGUGAUUGGAAAGCUGCUGAUGUUGAGAUCCUGAAUACUUUCCAAUUACUUACUGCCAAACCUGUUGUCUAUUUGGUGAAUAUGAAUGAGAGGGACUACCAAAGAAAGAAGAACAAGUUUCUACCCAAGAUACAUGCUUGGGUGCAAAAUCAUGGUGGUGAAACUAUUAUUCCUUUCAGCUGUGUUUUGGAAAAGAAUCUUGUAGAUAUGCCAGAGGAUGAAGCUGCUAAAUACUGUGAGGAAAACAAAGUGCAGAGCGCCAUCCCUAAAAUCAUAAAGACUGGUUUUGCUGCAAUCAACCUUAUAUACUUUUUCACUGCUGGUCCAGAUGAGGUGAAAUGUUGGCAGAUCAGACGGCAAACAAAAGCCCCUCAAGCUGCGGGUGCCAUCCAUUCUGAUUUUGAAAAAGGUUUUAUAUGUGCUGAGGUCAUGAAGUUUGAAGAUCUAAAGGAACUGGGCAGUGAAGCUGCAGUCAAGGCUGCUGGGAAGUACAGGCAAGAAGGGAAGACCUAUGUUGUUCAGGAUGGGGAUAUUAUUUUCUUCAAAUUCAAUGUUUCUGGGGGUGGAAAAAAGUGAAAACUCUUUUUGAAGGUGAUUUAUAUACUUGGAUCUUCAAAUGAAGUUGUACUUCCUGAGGCAAAUUAAAAUUUUUCAAGAAACAGAUUGUAAGGACACUGAUUCAUAUCAUAUAUAAUAUUUUGUCUGGCAGCUUUCGGAUCCAUGUAUAUCAAGUACCAAUGCAAUGCGGAGAACUAUAUCUCUGUUGUCUUGUUAAAUAAAUUUUUGAUAACCAAGUCCAUAAUUGAAAAUAUCUGGAUGCUGAUGAUCACUAUUACGGUA